CAGGGGGAGCACUGAACUGCAGGUCAGGGUCCACAGGACACUGGACACUGCUGGCACGGCAUGCAGUGUGCUGCAGUGCUGGUUGCUGCUCAGGCAGCCUCCACUGCUCCUCUCCUCCAAGCUCAGCUCCUGGGGACAGUACGGCGUGCCAUGGCCACCAGCCUGCUCCGCAUCCCCCCACCCCAGGCACUGCUCCGGCCCCUGGUUGUGCCAGAGAGGCUGCUGCUUGGGCCAGGGCCCAGCAACGUGCCCCAGCGCAUCCGGGCUGCAGGCGGACGGCAGAUCCUGGGCCACAUGCACCCCGAAAUGCUGCAGGUGAUGGAUGAGAUCAAGGCAGGCAUCCAGUACGCCUUCCAGACGCAGAACCAGCUGACCCUGGCCAUCAGUGGCAGUGGCCACUGUGCCAUGGAGGCCGCCCUCUUCAACCUGCUCGAGUGUGGUGACACCAUACUGGUGGCCAUCAACGGCAUCUGGGGACAACGUGCUGCUGAGAUUGCCAGGAGGCUGGGAGCCAAUGUCUAUGAGCUGCUGAAACCCCCGGGCGAGUAUUUCACUCCACGGGACAUUGAGGAGGGCCUGGUGCAGCACAAGCCCUCAGUGCUCUUCAUCACCCACGGCGAGUCCUCCACCGGUGUGCUGCAGCCACUGGAGGGGCUGGGCGAGCUGUGCCACCGACACGGCUGCCUGCUGCUUGUGGACGCGGUGGCAUCACUUGGGGGAGCCCCCAUCUUCAUGGAUCAGCAGGAGAUCGAUGUCCUAUACUCGGGGUCCCAGAAAGUCCUCAACAGCCCCCCUGGCAGUGCCCCCAUCUCAUUCAGUGAGCGAGCCAGGGAGAAGGUGCUGAGAAGGAAGACGAAGCCCCGGUCCUUCUACCUGGAUAUAGGCUGGCUGGGAAACUACUGGGGCUGCGACGGGGAGCCACGGAGGUACCACCACACGGCACCCAUCAACAGCUUCUUCAGCCUGCGGGAAGGCUUGGCCAUGCUGGCAGAGAUAGGUCUGGAGAGCUCCUGGGAGCGACACCGGGCCAACUGCGCCAGGCUGUGCCAGGGGCUGCUCAGCCUGGGGCUUGAGCUCUUUGUGAAGGACGAGGCGAGACUUCCCACCGUCACCACUGUCAGAGUGCCUGAGGGCUACAACUGGAAGGACAUCACAGCCUUUCUGAUGGACAACCACGCCAUGGAGAUCACUGGAGGCCUGGGCCCCACGGUAGACAAGGUCCUGCGCAUCGGCCUCAUGGGCUGCAACUCGACCGGUGAAAACGUGAACCGAGUGCUUCGAGCCCUGCGAGAUGCCCUCGGCAGCUGCCGCCGCAGCAGGCUGUGAGCUCACCUGCCCGGGGGGCCCGGGAGAGGCGGUGCAGCAAUUCCCUCCGUGCCUGGCUGCAGGCAACUGGCAGCAGAGGGACUCCACUGCCUCCCUGGGAUGCUGGCAGGAGACACGGCAACAUCCAGCAAGCCAAGCAGGAGUGGGAAAGGAGAAGUUGGAAUAACAGGGUACACGGAGGAGAGAGCUGCACUCAACAGACAUGAGACGUCUCAAAACCCCUUCUCCCAUCAUCCCAGUGGCCUGGUCCCCCAGCUCUUCCCCUUCACCUGGGCAUGGCAGCCCCUCGGCAAGCUGACACGAGGGCUGGAUGCAGGAUCUGACCAUAGGUCCUUUCCCCUCCCACCACCACCAACCUCAGCUGACCCUGCACCAGAGCUCUGCAGUGCAGGAUGCCAGCCAUUCCCCCCAGAUUCUGUACCCUGGGAUGAAACACCCGGUGCCCAGCUCUACAAGGGCAGCCAAGAGGCUGUGCAACCCCCCAGCCGCAGCAGAUAUGAGCUCUCUCCCUGGAACAACCUUUCCUCAAUAAAGCGACGUGGCAGCGUGCUGCUCCCAGG